UGUGGGGAGGUGGGUCCCCGCGCCUCGGCGCCGGGGCAGCCCCAGGGCCCUUUCCUGGGCCCGCGGCUAGGCCCCUAGGGAGGAGGUGGCAGCUGUGGCGCGGGAACGGCGACCUUGGCUAGACGGAGCCUGAGGUGGACGUAGGGCGGAGGCCGAGCCCCGCCAGGAGUCUUAGCGGAGCUGAAGGAGGCGCAUCUGGCGCUUUGGUACCCGCAGUCUGGGGACUUGAGCUGUUGGAGAAGCGCAGUGAGAGCUGGGAAGUGCUCCCAUUGCGGACCCCAGCGUCCCGGAGCCCAGUCUCAGGCACGGAGUGGGCGAAGCCGAGCGUCUUUUCGGACAUCCAGUAUCACACGCGCCAGUUUGCUGUUCCAGGUAUCCCAGUAAGCUCUAGCACCCAGGCACGGACAACUGGAGGCGCAAAGCCAAAUCCUCUGCACCCAGGGCACCUCCCCUGACCUAGCCUUGCAGGGACCAGGGCUUCUGGGCUCCCGGACCCAACCGCAAGUCAGACGGCUAGCUCCAAGGAGCGCGAGCCCCACCCUAGAAAAGAGGGCUCAGCUGGGCGCUGGGAAGCGCUGCUGCGCUCCAGAGGUUGUAUCGGGGGCGCUGUUCCAGAGCACGGCGGGCAGAGCACGGCGGGGAGGACAUGAGAUCGGAGAAAUCCCUUACGCUGGCGGCGCCGGGGGAGAUCCGUGGGCCGGAGGGGGAGCAACAGGAUGCGGGAGACUUCCCGGAGGACGGCGCGGGCGGGGGUUGCUGUAGUAGCGAGCGGCUGGUGAUCAACAUCUCCGGGCUGCGCUUUGAGACACAAUUACGCACCCUGUCGCUCUUUCCCGACACUCUGCUGGGAGACCCAGGCCGCCGCGUCCGCUUCUUCGACCCCCUGAGGAACGAGUACUUCUUCGAUCGAAACCGGCCCAGCUUCGACGCCAUCCUCUACUACUACCAGUCGGGAGGCCGGCUGCGAAGGCCGGUCAACGUGCCCCUGGACAUCUUCCUGGAGGAGAUCCGCUUCUACCAACUGGGGGAUGAGGCUCUGGCGGCCUUUCGGGAGGACGAGGGCUGCCUGCCCGAAGGUGGUGAGGACGAGAAGCCUCUGCCCUCCCAGCCCUUCCAGCGCCAGGUGUGGCUUCUCUUCGAGUACCCGGAGAGCUCUGGGCCCGCCAGGGGCAUCGCCAUCGUCUCUGUGUUGGUCAUUCUCAUCUCCAUUGUCAUCUUUUGCCUGGAGACUUUGCCCCAGUUUCGUGCAGAUGGUCGAGGUGGAAGCAAUGGUGGUGGUGGUGUGAGCAGAGUCUCCCCAAUUUCCAGGGGGAGUCAGGAGGAAGAGGAGGAUGAAGAUGAUACCUAUACAUUUCAUCCUGGCAUCACUCCUGGAAGAGCGGGGGCAGGGGGCUCAUCCUCACUAAGUACUCUUGGGGGCUCCUUCUUUACCGACCCCUUCUUUCUGGUGGAGACUCUGUGCAUUGUUUGGUUCACUUUUGAGCUCCUGGUGCGUUUCUCUGCCUGCCCCAGCAAGCCCGCUUUCUUCCGCAACAUCAUGAACAUCAUCGACUUGGUGGCCAUCUUCCCCUACUUUAUCACCCUGGGCACAGAGCUGGUGCAGCAGCAGGAGCAGCAGUCAGCCAGUGGAGGGGGCGGCCAGAACGGGCAGCAGGCCAUGUCUCUGGCCAUCCUCCGAGUGAUCCGCCUGGUCCGGGUGUUCCGCAUCUUCAAGCUCUCCCGCCACUCUAAGGGGCUGCAGAUCCUGGGCAAGACCUUGCAGGCCUCCAUGCGGGAGCUGGGCCUGCUCAUCUUCUUCCUCUUUAUCGGAGUCAUCCUCUUCUCCAGUGCCGUCUACUUCGCAGAGGCUGAUGAUGAUGAUUCACUCUUUCCCAGCAUCCCGGAUGCCUUCUGGUGGGCAGUGGUUACAAUGACCACAGUAGGUUAUGGGGACAUGUACCCCAUGACAGUUGGCGGCAAGAUUGUGGGCUCGCUAUGUGCCAUUGCUGGGGUCCUCACCAUCGCCCUACCAGUGCCCGUCAUUGUCUCCAACUUCAACUACUUCUACCACCGGGAGACCGAGCAAGAGGAGCAAGGCCAGUACACCCAUGUCACUUGUGGGCAACCUGCACCGGACCUGAAGGCAGCCGACAAUGGACUUGGCAAAGCUGAAUUCUCUGAGGCCACCCGGGAACGGAGACCCAGCUACCUUCCCACUCCACAUCGGAUGUAUGCAGAGAAAAGGAUGCUCACUGAGGUUUGACCAGUGCAGGAAGGGCCUGCACGAGAAGGGUGACCCUGAGCAAAUAAUUUCUUAGGGUUCCUUCUCAUUCUCCACAACUCUCACCUGAGCUUCAGGUGACUUCCUGACUCUUUCCCCAAUCCCCAGUGCAUGGCAUCCAGGACCAAAUACCUGGACUGUCAACCUUGUUGCUUGGUCCCUGCAGCAUUCAAAUUUUACCCAUCUAAGUGAUAUUUUUGAAAUGCCAAUGGUGCCACCCAUUCAUGCCUAUCUUCUGUUAUGUGGGUGAGAUUUCUGUCUGAUUUUCCUUCAAGACUCUGAUUUUUCAUGUUCUAGACUUCUAAUAGCUGUAGGUAUGGCAAUGUCAAUUGGAUGGAAACCAGGUUACACCUGGGUCCUGUUUCUGUCCCCAAUGCCCUUUGUUUUGGGUCAUGCACUUGUCUUAGCUUCUGGCCAGGUGGUAACUGGCAGAAGCCAGAGGAUAGAAAUCAUACUCAUCCUGUGGUUUCAUUCCAGGGCUCUGUAACACCUGCUGGUCAUCCUGCAGAGGGACCUUGGGAGAGCCUUUAGAUGCACAGCCUCAAAAUAUGUUAUUCAUCUCUAAUCUUGGGUGGAAUUAGAGAAACUACAAUUAAACUUGGCCAUCUGGAGGACAUUACAUUAAUGUGAGUCCUGGACCAAAGGGGCCAGUGGAUUCUUCCAGGUGUACUCCGACACAGUAGACAUCAGUAUUUGGUCUACAUUUAGUCCUGCCCCUCCUACCCUCACCAUGAUCCCCUGACUUUCUCUAGCUUCCAGGAAGGUUCUUUCUCAGAGCCAAAUACUCUAUGUGCAAGUGCCUUCCUGUGCAGAGGAACUAGUGAAAGGGAACCACACAGCCAGAAGAAAUGGCCAAACAGAGUCAGGCAACUGACAUGUCCACAUAAUCUGAAGAGAGGUGUCACUUAAACAGAUACUGUCAUCUCAGAGGGGCAGAGGAAGCCGCAGACGGCUUUUUGCAGACGGCAGGUUUUUCUCCCUCGCUUUUCCCCAGCGUCUCUAGCUCUCCACCCUUCUUCUUCUGAAUUAGAUUUAGGACAGUUGAAGGCUUUCUGAAACAAACUCCAGCUCAAGCCUGCAGAGAGGUGAAAGCACACAUUGGAUGCUAGUGUGGGGCUCUUCCCGUCUUGUUGGGAAUGGAAUAGGUGGUUUAGGGUAAGGAAGAAGCAUUCUUUCUUUGCUGACAACCACACUGCUAGAGGUUUUUCACUGAGUCAAGCAAACAUUUACCUGACCUGCCCCUUGGAGCUGCAGCCUACUUGCUCUAACUGGUAAGGAAAGGUGGCAAGUCACCACUGGACUAAACCCUCCCCUUCCAUCGUGAAACUCCUGCCUUCCAUCACAUUGCCCACCUCCCCCAUUUCUCUCCGGGUUACAUUGUCAUUUGUUUGCUGCCUUGAUAAACUGUGAUGUACUAUUCUGAGCUCUUUUGGGUACAGUUCAGAAACCAAAAGGACUGUUAACAUGUUUUUAAUUUUAUAUCUAUGCUUUAAGACUCUUGGAUGAGAAUUUUUUGUUACAGAAAAUUUUCUCAAAGAGCAACUUAUGAGGGACAGCCUUUUGAGGGUUUUCUUGAGAGACACUAUGGCUCCUGUGAGUGCCAGAUCUCAAUCUGGAUUUUGCCACAGCAUUACAGGGUAAUUUUGGCGCCACCCUCUUUGUGCCUCAGUUUCCCCACCCAUUACAUGGGAACAUCAAUGUCUUCCCCUCCCUACCUCAUGGGGAAUGUUCGAUGAACUCAUCUGGGAAGCUGGGGAUGAUGCUAUGCAAAUGUGUGAAUUUUGGUAAUGGACUUGAUUUUUAGUUCAUUACCCUGUCUCCCAUCUCCCAUAGGCAAAGCCUCUCCCCACCCUAGAGUUACUGCCUUGAAUCCAAAGCCCAAGAAUAGGCCACUCUGGGCCUUUAGUUCCUUAAGUCCCUUCUUAGUCUCUUGAACUGGCCUGUCUUUCUUCUUACCCUUCAGGAAGGAGGUUGCUCUUUAGGCAGGUUCAGCGGGACCCUUCCAGGACCAGAGGCUACCUUGAUUGGGAGUUUAGCUUCUCCAAACCUGAAACACAGUAGGAGAUAGAGGAGUUCAUGAUUCAGAAACCUGCUCUGGGGCCAUAAAGUGCUGCUUCUUCAAAUCUGUUCAGUUACUCCUGGGCAUUUGGGGAAAGGAGAAGUGCCCAGCCGAGGGUAAAUGUUGGAACAUGUAGGCAUGUAUCUCUAUAUGUGAUCAUCUUCAUCAUCAUUACUAAUAAAAAACAUUUCCUUUUAAAGUCAGAGCAUGCCCGAAAGUAAAGGUUUCGUGGAGUGCUGGGCUCUCCAGGGACUCUAGUUGCCGUAGCAACCUUCCAGUCUGUUCUCUCUAUCUUCUGAUUUGGGCAGCAAGGGAGAAUAGGAGACUGCAGAUCUCUAGCUUCUGAAAUGGGACAUCUCCCCGUAUUGGGUUACGGUCUGGUAGUGCCAGGACAGGAAUGCAUGACCUUUGACAAAGCAGGUCCCUAAAACUUGCACCUGGACCUUUCUUCCUGGUUUCCUACCUAGUCAUUGAAGCUGCCUCAUCUCACCUCUGAUUCUUUAGAAACUUGAAUGCUAAGCAACUGCCAGUUAAACCAAUGUCAAUAUUAUCUUUUUCAAAAUGACAAGAGGAACACUGGAGGGGACUUGAUCCUGUCGAGAGUCAUAAGGUUUUAAUCCAUAAUAGUGUCAUGGAGUUUUCAUCUCCUCAGAGGGAGGCUCCUCCCAGUUCUAAGAGAC